AUGGAUGAUGACAAUCGUGCUUUACUAAGAGAUUCUGGGCUACCAACAAGAGAUCAGGCCAUUGCCAGGGCCGAAGAAAUAGUUAAUGGAUUAGAUGACGUCGAGCUCAACAUUGCUGUGACCGGGGAGAGUGGUGCAGGAAAAUCCUCCUUUGUGAAUGCAAUUAGAGGUCUUAAAAGAGGGGAGGAAGGCUGGGCUCCUACUGGGUUCACAGAAACAACCAUGGAGCUCAAGGAGUAUCCCCACCCCAACAUUCCCAAUGUGAGGAUCUGGGAUUUGCCUGGCAUAGGCAGCCCAAAGUUCAAAGCGAAGACCUACAUGAAGGAUGUGAAAUUCGAAAGGUAUGACUUUUUCAUCAUAGUGAACUCAAAUAGAUUCAAAGAGAAUGAUCUCAAGCUUGCUACUGAAAUCAAGAAAAAGAAAAAGAACUUUUACUUUGUACGUUCCAAGAUCGACUCUGACAUGACCAAUGAAGGGGUCAGUGAAAGGAGGGAAGAGGAAAAGGUACUGCGCAAAAUACGAAAAGACUGUAAAGGCCAUCUCAGCAGCCUUGGGCACCCUCCUGUCUUCCUCAUCUCAUCUUUGUAUCUGAGCAAGUAUGACUUUCCUACUCUGAUCGAGACUCUGAAAGGAGAUAUUCCCGGUGAGAAAAAGGAUGCACUCAUGCUCAGUUUGCCUAUGUACUCCAUGCAGUGCCUUGAUUAGAAGUACAGUGCUUUCAAUAAAACCAUCUGGGCACUGGCUGUUGUGUCUGCAGGAAUAGGUGCAGCCCCUGUUCCAGGCCUCUCAUUUGCCUGCGACACUGCCAUGGUGAUGUCCUUUCUCGGCAAUGUCUAUCGCUCUUUCGGCCUACAUGACAAAGCCCUGGAAAAACUGUCAGAGCGAGUGGGCAAGAACCUACUGGAAGAGGUGAAAAAGUCUAAACUCAUCCAGGAAGUUGGUGGUACUCGACUCAGGUCUACCAUGCUGGGAAAAGCAGGGGCUGAAGCUGCCAUUGAAACUCUUUCCUGUUUUCUUCCAGUUGCAGGCAACAUUGGAGCAGCCGGAGUGUCCUUUGUCACCACACGAGCUGUGCUGAAAGAGGGUCUGGAUGAACUGUACGGUGUUGCCAAAAAGGUGGUUGAAAUGGCAAAACUGCAGUAG